ACUCUGCCCUAUGACCUUCGUAUGGCGUUCGCGAGAUUUGUUGCCCGAAAUAAUGUCACGCAGCUGAAGAGGUACUGCAUUGAGCGUGUGUUCCGACCCAGAAAGCUGGAUCGUGCACACCCGAGGGAACUCGUGGAGUGUGCCUAUGACAUCAUCACACCCAUCACCAACAGCUUGCUGCCUGAUGCGGAGACUAUUUACACCAUCUCUGAAAUAGUCCAGGAGUUCCCUGCGCUUCAGGAGAGGAACUAUAACAUCUACCUGAACCACACCAGCUUGUUGAAGGCCAUCCUGCUUCACAGCGGGGUCCCUGAGGACAAACUCAACCAGGCCUCCAACAUACUCUGUGAUGCCAUGAAUGAGAAGCUGACCAGACGUGAAGUGGAAGCCAAGUUUUUCAACUUUUCAUUGUCAUCCACCAGUCUUCAGACGCUGUACAGGUACAUCGAUAAUGGGAAGGGGACUCUGCAGGAACUGGGCCCGCUGCUGACCUCCCUCACCAAACAGAAGACCGCCGUCACCCAGCUGGCCAAGCAGGGCGCCAAAGACCUGGAGGAGCUCACCGUGCUUCUGCGCAAACUCGGCGUUAAACUCAGGGUUGUGGUCAACUUGGGUUUGGUGUAUAAAGUUCAGCACCACUCUGGAGUCAUCUUCCAGUUCGUGGCCUUCAUCAGGAAACGAAAGCGAACUGUACCUGAUAUAGUGGCUGCUGGAGGACGCUAUGAUCACUUGAUCUUGGAGUUUCGAGGACCAGCUCCCACUGGCCCCAUCCCCAGCGCAGUGGGGGCCAGCAUCGCUCUGGACAAAAUCUGUGCUGCCAUGGCUGGCAUGGAGGAGCCGCCAACAGUGAGCACCUGUGACGCGUUGGUGGUCCCAGUAGGACAUUCAUCAAUGUCCAGAGCUAUCAAUGUUGUCCAGAAGCUGUGGAGCACCGGGGUCUCUGCAGACAUUGCCUAYGAUGUCUCACAGUCUCAGGAGACGUUGUUGGAGCACUGCAGGCUGGCAGGCAUCAUGUGUCUGGUCCUCGUCUCUGACAAAGAGGGCAACUAUGUGAAGGUGAAAUCCUUUGAAAAGGACAGACAGUCCGAGAAGCGAAUUCCAGAAUCGGACUUGGUGGACCACAUUGUUCAGAAAUGUCGGACCAAAUUCUUUGACGAGAGAAACAUCAGAGAAAUCUCUGAUAGCAUGACCCUCCAGAACCCUAAAGGAUCACAGCUCAACAGCACAGGCUGCUUGGAGCAGCAUGGGAGCAGCGGAAACACAAAUAUGAACGUGUACGUCAUCAGCCCGGAGAAAGUCUCUGCUAGCACCAGGAGACGAUACGAAACUCAGAUUCAAAGCAGAUUACAGAACCUUGGUAGCAAUUUGCAGAACAAGAGCAAUGACAUUGAGGUUCUUGCUGUGGACCUGCCAAAGGAAACUCUGAUCAACUUCCUGUCUCUGGAGUUUGAAAGUGAAGAACAGUUCAACAGUAGCGUCAAGACUCUGCUGUCUCGUCUCCCAAAGCAGCGUUACCUGAAGUCCAUCUGCGAUGAGAUCUACAACUUUAAAAUUACAAAAAGGGUGGCUGUGGUGGUCCUAUACAGCUACAAAGAUGACUACUACAAGAUCCUUUUGUGAGAAGCGAAGGGGGCUCCUCUGGCCAGGAAAGGAUUUGAUUUUGCCAGAGGUCCAGGCGACUCUCAUGGACUGUUUUUAUCUGUGAACCUCCAGAAUCUGCGUGGAGAUCGGACCGAUUUAUACCUCGUUUCAUUUGGAAAAUGUGACCCCCAAAGACACAAGUGACUUUGUUUUAAUGAUCAUUCAGCUAUUAGAGCCAAACUCUGCCGAUUUCCUAAAAACCUUUUGAUGUUUUCUGCUUCAGACAAAAGGUUUACUGGACUAUACUGCCUUAAUAGAACCGUAGAAUUGAAAAAACGAAAAGGGCUAUCUGAGGAUUAUGAGUAGAAGACAGAAGGAAUAAAUCAGUUUUUCCCAACAUGUUAUAACUUGCUUUGUGUGUUUGUGUAAAGAGACUGGAGYGUAAAUAUGUCAAAUCAUUCUCAAUAUGUUCACAAUAAACUGUUUAUAUCAAGCUUUACUACA